GUGACUAGGAUUCUGGUACAAGCAAUGAUCAACAUGGCGGCUAUAACUGACUGGAUCAGUGAAGAAAGAGCUCUCACGGACACUUUUAACCGCUUUGAUACAGAUUUCUCGGGUGAAUUAACAGCAGAACAACUAAAGGAGCUAUACUGUAGCAUACAAGAUGGCGGGAUAAGUUUACCGCAAGUGGAAGCGUCAAUAGAUGCCGUUUGUGCGGCCGAGACUUGCGACAGGCAAGAACUUUUUGAUGUUCUCAACGAAAUGGACCGGAGGUAUUUUCUCGUUCGCGACUUGCAAUGGGAAUUUGCUCUGUUGGAUAGAGAAAAUAAAGGUACCAUUAGUGAAAAAGAUGCAAGGUUCGUAUUUCAGGCUGUUCACGACGAUUUUUUCUCGCAUCGCCGAUGGCUUAAAUUCCUCCGUAGUCGCGCUGCUCCCGGUUCUGGAAUCAGCUUUGCAGAGAUCGAAGUUCCACUUUGCGAUAUACCGACCAUGGAUUGGCUAGACGAAGAAAAACAAGAUGAGGGCAGUGCGAAGGAGGAGGCGUUGAAACGUAAACAGGAGAAAGAGAGAGCUGAGGAAGAGGCGAGGAAAGCCGCCGAAAACAAGGCGAAGUUAGAGAAAGAAGCAGCGAAGAGGAGGGCAGAAGCGGCAAGGAGAAAAGCCGACGCAGAAGCUGCUGAGAAAAAGGCCGAACAAGAAGAACUGGAAAGGAAGGCAAAAAAAGAAGAGGAGGAAAGAAAGCGUCAGAGGUUGGAGGAAGAUGCGAAGAGGCUCAGCGAGGAAGAAGCAAAACAAAGAGAAGAAGAGGAGAGACUGAGGCAAGAAGAAGUUAAGAGGUUAGAGGAAGAAGGGAGGAAGAGAAGAGAGAAGGAAGAAGCAGAACAGAAGGGGAAGAAAGAGGAACUACGAAAACAGCAGGAACUGGAACGAGAAAAGGAGGAAAGAGAAAGAGAAGAGCUGGAACGAAAGCAGAAAGAGGAGGCUAUGGAGGCUGAAGAAUUAGCUGAGGAAGCAGAAGAAGCAGAAAGAGCAGCAGCAGAACAAGCUCGUUUAGCAGCUGAAGCAGCAAAGGAAGCAACAGAUGAGGCAGCAAGGAAGGCUGCUGAAGAAGCAGAAAAGAAAGCCCUAGCUGAAGCUAUGGCAAACAAAGAGAAGAGAUUGCGUGCCAACUUGAAGGGGGCUGUGAAAUCAAGGAAGGAAGAAAGACUGGAGGGAUCCAUCAAGAAUGCCAAGAGUGCUAAAAUGCCAGGUUUGAAGAAUGACAUUGAUACUGCAGAAAACACUCUUAAGGAUGUCCAAGCAGGGGAAGCCUUAAAAAGUGCAAUAAGACGCCGACAUCUGGGUGAUCUGGAGAAGUCAAUGGCUCAUAUUCGCUAAAAUGGCUGGGAGAAAGGUUGGGGCAUUGAACUCAAAGAAGGAGAAAAACUGGCAAACAGGUUAAAGCGUCUUGAGAAACUGAAAGCAGAAAUUAUGGAACUGAAGCAAAGUGUAAUAUCAGAGAUCAGGAGUUAUGGGAAUCCCCCUCCUGCAGUCCAUAAGGUUAUGAUUGCCACAUAUCUGCUGCUGAGCUAUCCUGAGAAGGAGUUGCUGAACUGGAAGAACAUGCAAGCUCUGCUUGGCAAGACGGGCAAAGAAGGUUUGAAGCGGCAAGUCACAUCCCUAGAUCCAUUACGUGUGGACAUGAAUAAAGCUGACUAUGCUUUUGACAAGUAUCUGAGGGAGACUGAUUUGGAGACAAUCAGAGAUACAAGUGCUGGGGCAGCCACAUUCUAUGUUUGGGCAACUAACAUGAUAGAAGAAGUCCAUUCUGUUGCUGAGCAGAAGGAGAAACUGUUGGAAGAAGAAAAGAAACGAAAAGAAGAAGAAGCUGAAGAAGCAAGGAAGAUGGCAGAGAGAAAGAAGGCUCGUGAAGCUGCAAAGAGAGGUGCACCACUCACUAAAAGAACAUCCCAGACACCUGCUAAAAAGAAUUCAGGAACUGAUCAAGGACGCAGGAUGUCAAGGGAUGAAACAAGGGGAAGAAGUAAUUCUAGGGGCAGAGAAGGGAGUAAGGAUAAUUUGAGCAAGUCCCCUGCCAGACCCGGUGUGGCACGAAGGGCCAGUAGCAAGUCUCCUGCUGCUCGUAACUAAUUUCAUAUAUUCAUAUGUUCUUGAAAUACAAAUCUUUUAAUGGCGCUAGUUCUUGGUUUGCUAAUCAUGAAAAAUUUAGCUCCAGCAUUUAAUCUCACCAUCAGCAAUUUGUGUCAAUUUCUGGGAUUCUGAAUCAUCUUCCUUCCUGUUGGGUAUCUUCUUACCUCCUUGUUGUUUGUCUACUGUGGUAAACAAUUAUCACAAGGUUUUAUUCUUUUUAAGAGGCAAUUCUUUGUGGUUUUCAAAAUCGCUCCAAGCAUAUGAUUCUUAUAAAAACUCGCAAUCACAAGACUUCCAAAGUCAACACAUCUUAAUAUGUAACAUGUAUUUGGUUAAUAUGGAAAGGUUAAAACAGCUUGAGAUAAGUCAACUAGUAAACAACCAAUCAUCAGCUUGAAACUUCAUCUUUGGAAGUCAAGUGUUUUCUCUGCUCAAUAUUUAUGAUAAGUGAAUCUGACAAUUAUCAUUCUUAAAAGAUGUUUUUUCAUCUGGUCACAAGGGUGGGAUUAAAAAUAAAAUCUGAGUUCCCUUGAAGAACGGAACCUCAGAUCUCCUUAUAUUAUAUGCUCUGAUGCUCUACCAUUGAGCCUUGGAGACUCUACAAUAAGCUGGGUUAUAAGUUCAUUCUAAGUAUCACACAGUGAGAGCAGAUAUAAAUAACUCUUACACCUGUGGAUCUCUUUGUUAAUAAUGAUAUUAAUGCUAAUUGAAAGUCUGUAAUGCAGGCCACAAUUCAGUUAUCUAAGGACUUUUUUCCCCUUUAGUUUCCCCAACACCUUAUUUAUUUCUGUAACCAAGAUGUUCAAAUACUACUUGAAGAAAGCAUUGUUUGCCCACACAUUUCUGGCUUGUUUAAAGAAGUCUCUAUACUUUGCAAUUUAGAGAGAAAAUGAAUUUUUGGCAACUUUUGUUGCAUAUUUUUGUAAUACAAAAUUAGAAGGCAAGAGAACUGUUUAUUUGCCUUUGUACAUAUCAGUACUGGUCCAUGUAAAUGAUAAAUUAAGAAAUAAGUUCAUAAGGAAUUGGUUUUUCAUACUUUGAUGGGUUAGUAACACAUACCGGUAGAAUUAUUGUAUUUGUUAAAUAACUUAUCUAUUGCAGUGUAAUAAUACAGACAUGCUCACUUAUUAAUGAUCCUACACUUUUCUACAACAAAGGGCCAUUGUUUGAAACCUUAACUUUUUAGAUUUGCUUUUGUAGGUGAUAUAUAUCUUAUCAGAUGUUUUGUUGUGUAGUAUCUUUGAGUAUUUUUACUAGUUGUGCCAUAAUUUGAUGCCCCUGUAGAGUACGUCAAAAUACAAACAAGUAAAAAUAAUCAGCGGUACUACACAACAAAAGAUCUGAAAGAGAUUUAUUAUCUAUCAUGCCAAAUUGUUAUUUCUGUGCAGGUGAAUUUCACAGGUAUUUCUGGAGUAAAAAUAUGGCGUGACAUUUGUACUCAUUUCGUGCAUUAUUUGUACUCUACAAAGUACAGUUGGACAAUAAACACCCUUUUCACUCUGA